UUGUAUUACAUUUUGUUUGUUAUGUCACAUACUUUAGUAUUACGAUGAGUAACAAGCAGAAACUGAUUCCUUUAAAAAGCAAAGUUUUUGCAAUUCAAGAAGAAAAAGCAAACCGACGAAAAUUACGGAUUUUGCAGGUUCGACAACAAGAGCGAGUGAUCGCGAACAGAGUUCGUGAAAAUGUCGAGAAAAAUAAAAAGCAAGAAAUUUUGAACAUAGCUGAGAAAUUGAACCAAGAAUUUAAUCUGAAAAAAGCGGAAGAAAUUUUGAAAUCCAAGGAAAAAUAUUCGAAUGGUUUAAAAGAAGUUGGGCAGGCACAAAAUGCUGCUAAAGAUUACGUUGUUGAACACGCGUUGUACCAAGCCAAACAAAGUGAGAAUAAGAGGGUUGCCACACAUAGGUUUAACUCUGCAAUACAACAUGUACACGAUGUAGAAGUGAUGAACCAGCAGAGGGAGCAAGAGGUUAAAGAACGAAGAAUUAAAGUUUUAUCGAAAGAAAAACUUCGAGCAAAACAAGUUUCGAUGUUGCCCAGUGUUUCUUCUUCUACACAAGAAAGUGAAGAAACGGUCACCACGGCAACACUCACAUCGAUGAGGUCAUGUGACACGUUUUGUGCAACGAUGCACGAAGGGGACAACGACGAGGGGAAUGCAAGGGAAGCAGCCGAGGAGGAAGAUCAACUUAUCGAAGAACAAGAAAGAUUGAAGCAAUGCACGUUAGAAGCACAACGUGAACGCGCACAGCUUAGAUAUUUAUCUGCAAUCAAACGGUCCAAGCUACAUAAGGAAUAUAAUAACUUGGAGAAAGAGUUGCAAGUCAUGCAGAAGAAAGAAGCUUCUAGAAGAAGGGAUUUGGUUGGGAUGAACCAUCCACAUUGUCUCCCACCUCAUCACCCCUCCGAUUACCCGAACGACAAACAGCGUGAAAUGGAACAAGCGUUUAACGAUGCGUUUACAUCCAACAUCAUACCCGACACUACACUAGAUGUCACAAUGGAGUCGGAACUCCAGGACGAGAUUCCUCAAGCUGAAGAUAUUGUACCUGUUGUUGAAAGUGAUGAUGUUGUACCUGUUGAUGAAAAUGAAGGUAGGGAAACUCCCACACCUGAAAAUGGUGGAAGAAUUAACGCUGUCAACAAAUUAUUGAAGCUUGUAAGUAAACAACAAGCAAGAGGGGGAAGUGGGGAGGAAAAAUGUGAAAGUGGGACAUCGAGUGGUGAAACCACAAGUGAAGAAGAGAUUAGUCAACCUACAGAUAUUAAUGAUAUUUCAGAGGUUGGGGUUUUGUAUUUGAUAAUGUAA